GUUUAUAAUCCUCAGCCUCGCAUGUAACUGACGCUCUGGCGGGCGGCAUUAAAUUCAUCGCUGUUACGUGCUCUCAUUCCCAUCUAAAUAAACAAGCACCGUACUGUGUCGCGACCUCAGAUCGGGAUCCUUUUCCAGACUCAUUUUCAGGGAGGAGGAAGGCAGCAGCUGGUGUGGUGAGGUUGUUUUUGCAGUGUCAUUAUAGGUGGUUAGUUUUGAAAGUUUUGAAUGUCUGAUAUCCGAAGUCGAAGCAGAAGCCCUAGGGAUCGUAGAUUCCGUACUCAACGGUAUUCUUACCGUGAUGCACCAUAUAGGCGAGAAUCACAUCUGGGUUUCAGCCAGAACAGUCUGUGCAAGAAUUGCAAAAGGCCAGGUCAUUUUGCUAGAGAGUGCACUAAUGUGGGAAUAUGUCAUAACUGUGGCCUUCCAGGGCAUAUAUCUUCAGAAUGUUCAACAAAUUCACUAUGUUGGAACUGCCGAGAACCAGGACAUAUGGCUAGCAACUGUCCGAAUGAAGGGAUCUGCCACACAUGCGGGAAAGCUGGGCAUCGUGCAAAAGAUUGCACUGCCCCACCAAUGCAACCCGGUGAUUUGAGGCUAUGCAACAACUGCUACAAGCAAGGUCACUUUGCGGCCGACUGCACGAACGAGAAGGCUUGCAAGAACUGCAGGAAAACUGGCCACCUGGCACGUGAUUGUCCGAAUGAUCCCGUGUGCAACCUGUGCAAUGUAUCUGGCCAUGUUGCCAGGGAGUGUAAAAAGGGUGGCUUAAUCGAAGACUGGGCUCGUGGGCCAACUCGCAGUAGUGCCGGCGGCGGAGGGUAUCGGGACAUUGUUUGUCGAAACUGUGAUCAGGUGGGCCAUAUGAGCCGGGAUUGUGUCGACAUAAUGAUCUGUCAAAACUGUGGGGGAAGAGGGCAUUUGUCUGUGGUCUGCCCAUCUGGAAGAUUUGUGGAACCUCGCUUUCCCAGGAGGUACUAAUUUGGUCUAAACUGUAUGUCGGCUCCAUUGUAAGUUAGGUCAUUAAAUCUUCUUAAUCUUGGCUCAUCAUGAGUACUUUUUUAAACACAGUUUUUUUAAGGGGUUGAAUCAAAACCUUUACUCAGAAUCCAAUACCGUGAGGCUUUAUUGUUAUUUAUUAUUCUGCUUGAAAAUUUGCCGGUUUUAUCAAAAGAUGAAAUUUUGAUAUGGGGACUGAGUUUAGGGCGCCAACCUUUGAAUUCUUUUAUUUGAUCAUUAUUAUUAUGAGGAAAUAUGUCUGUUUU